CCGGGAUGAGGAGAGGACGAGAGUUUGAGCAGAAGAGAACAGGGAAAUGAAGUUGUCAGACAGGCUAGCCCAGCAACUCUCGCUCCAUAACUAGGCAGCUAGCAAGUUAGGUGACAGGCGGUCACGAGUGGAGAUUUAUAUGAAAUACAACAGCUAUGAAGGUCGUCCGUUUGAACAACUUGUAGCUACAAUUGGUACGUAUUAGAGAGCUACACCCAGAGAUCUCAGAUAACGUUCAAAGUAGCGUUACAGUGGACAAAAGUGAGGACAACUUGCUAGCCUGCUAGCUAACCUUUAGCCGCCGAGCCUCCUUCAGCUUCAACACCACAGUUCACUCGAGAUUUGGGCUUGUAACACCAGCUUUCAGUCAUGCCGUUUCCGUUUGGGAAGUCUCAGAAGAGUCCAGCUGAUAUAGUGAGGAGUUUGAAGGAGAAUGUGGCAUACAUGGAAAAGAUGGAUGCUGGGGACAGCAAAAAGUGUGAAAAGGUUGCAGAGGAGGUGUCAAAAAACCUGGCUUCACUGAAGGAGGUACUGAGUGGAACAGGUGACAAGGAGCCUCAAACUGAAGCGGUGGCUCAGCUUGCUCAAGAGCUGUACAACACCAACCUCCUCAUCGCCCUCAUUGCAAACCUGCAGAGGAUUGAUUUUGAGGGGAAGAAGGAUGUGGUUCAUUUGUUCAGCAAUAUUGUGAGACGUCAGAUUGGAACCCGUACACCCACGGUAGAAUACAUCUCUACCCAACAACAGAUCCUCUUCAUGCUUCUGAAAGGAUAUGAGAGUGCAGAAGUGGCUCUGAACUGUGGGAUGAUGCUGAGAGAGUGCCUGCGCCACGAGCCUCUGGCACGGACGGUGCUCUUCUCUGAAGACUUCUACUGCUUCUUCCGUUACGUAGAGCUCUCGACCUUUGACAUUGCCUCAGACGCUUUUGCCUCAUUUAAGGAUCUCCUCACAAGGCACAAGAUUAUGUGUGCGGAUUUCCUGGAGAACAAUUAUGACAGGGUGUUUACAGAAUACGAGAAACUGCUGCACUCUGAGAACUACGUCACCAAACGACAGUCUUUGAAGCUCCUUGGGGAACUUCUUCUGGAUAGGCACAACUUCACUGUGAUGACAAAGUACAUCAGUCGGGCGGAGAACCUGAAGCUGAUGAUGAACCUGCUCAGAGACAACAGCCGAAACAUCCAGUUUGAGGCGUUCCACGUGUUCAAGGUAUUUGUUGCGAACCCCAACAAGACCCAGCCCGUGCUGGACAUCCUGCUGAAGAACCAGACCAAACUGGUGGAGUUCCUGUGCCACUUCCAGACCGACCGGUCAGAGGACGAGCAGUUCUGCGACGAGAAGAACUAUCUGAUUAAGCAGAUCCGGGACCUGAAGAGGCCCGCGGCACCGGAGGAAGCUUAAGGUGCCCGGAAACAAGCGCUCCGUCAGGUGGUUGAGGUUUAAGGUGGUGCUGGCUGGAGCUGCAGAGAGAGAGAGAGAGAGAGUCUAAAUAGACAUGCUUCAUUAAAAUCUUAUUAACUACAAAAUAUAGGAAAAAAAGUACUUCCUUCACUUUCUUUUUUUUUUUUUUGUUUGGAUGUGAAGGUGAUUUCCAUCCAGCAACCUGAGUGGGCCAAUAACUGUUAUUUAAACCAUAGUGCUUCUCUUCUUCUUCUUUAGUGAUAAUGAAAAGUCCGUUCUUGUAAUGUUGGACCUUAAACUGUUACCCUUUCCACCGAGCACCGAUGCUGGCAGAGAGCGUAGAAUGACAGAAACGUCGCCCCAUUCGCAGCCAACGUGUGAUCUUUAAAGUCUUUCUCAGAAAACAUGUAACAUAUAUUUUAGAGAUCGAGAAGUAAAUAUAUUAUUUUUCUAAUGUAUCUUCAUGGUAAACGGCUUAAAACACACCGUCUCUGAACACUUAGUCCUGCAUAGGUUUGGUUUAUUGCCUUAUUGUAAGCUGUUGUGUUGUACAGGGACUUUAUAGAUUUAGAUUGGCAGAGUGACAUACUGGCCGGGUCAGCACAUAGCCAUUUCUUGGUGAUUCAUAUGUAGUUAAUAGGCCUUUUGGUUGCGUGUGUAAGGUCAGAAAUGUUCCUGCUGUGCUUGCCGAUGCAUUAGCUAGCGCAGGAAGAGGAAAUCAAAACCAUAGAGGAAUCAAUUAAUAAUGCUGCAAUUCUUUUUCUCUUUUUUUCCCGGCUGCGCUCAGCGAGGCUUACAUGACUGAAAUAGAAACAUCAGAUAAUGCUGCAGGGUAGCAGCCAGGAUCCACCCAUUGAUCUCAGUGAGAGCCUCUCGUACACAAGCACAGAUAGAAAGCCUUCAUUUCAAAACGACUCAUUUGAAACUACCUGACAGUUCUCAUUUCAACACUGCAUAACAUAAGAUAUAAUGCCGUUUACAAGGAGGUGUUGCCCAUGACGAUGCAUCAUAAGUAUGUUGCACUGUGAAUCUAUUAUAUUCAUACGAAAGCAUGAUCAUUUUUCAUCGUGAAGAAAUUCCUUUUUUUCCCUUUGACGCAUAUUGAACAUCUGUUACACAGGAUUUGAGGAUAUUAAGUAAUGGACAUUUCAUUUGACUGGAAUCAUUUGCCUCGAUUACAUGUAAAGUCAUCCGUACAUUAGUUACCUCGUAACCAAAGAAUACAAAAAGAAAAGGGGGUGGCAGAGGAAAACACGAAACAACUUCAUGUUCUUCUCUUUAUUGCUAAACCGAUUAUUAUAAUACUUUUUAAAUAAUAGUUAAGUGUUGCAGUGACUUAUAAUGACGUGUUGUUGUCAGCCAGACCCAGAACUCAGCAUCUCAAAGGGCUCCCUCGAGAAACGUUUUCCACUUUGAGACAAGUCAUUGAAAAUUGCUACGUUUUUUUUUCUUCCAGGUUUUAGGACUCACUCCUGCACCUCCUAUAGAACACACUGUAACAUGCCCAUGAUGCAUCAGAAGGCUCUUCGUCCUAUCAGAUGUCAAUACAUUGCCAGAAUAACCACAAGCACUUUUUUUAAAACAAGUUUGUUUUGGAUGAAGAGCACUGAAUGUCUUGAGUUCCUCACUGAUUAGUUUAUAUUUCUUUAAAAAGCGUUAAAUGAUUGCCUUACUUCCCCCGUUGUCACUAAAAUGACACAUUGGGGAUUUCAAGAAAAAUGUUGUCUGUGCGCACAGUCUCCUAGUAUAUACCUCAUGGGAUUUGAGUUUGCAAAUGCUGUGUUCUCUUUCCUUUCCUUCCUUUGACAAGAUAUUUGAUUUGACAGUUUCAAAUACACAACAGUGGUUUGUAUGCAUGCCUAAACUUGAUGUAUAUGUUCAAAGUUGAACGAGAACUGCGACCUGGUUUUCACAAUGGAAAGCUAGAUUUUUAAACUUAAAUAUUUCAUUGGGUGGCGCCACACAAACGUUAAUUCAUAAUGAAUUGCAGUGUGGUGCCUUGUAAUGAACGUUGCCUUAUUUAAAGACAUUUAAUGGAUCGUAAUGUAAAAUAAAUUCCAGACCUUUUUAAAAACCAAAGUCAAAAUGUACAUUACAAGUUCCAAAAUGCAUUCAUUUCUCCACAUCUGUAGCUUUAUCACCAUUCGCUCGAUGUAAUCUUAUGAGUGUGGAUAUAUAUUUUAAUAAACUACACUCUGCUGUGGUGGAUUAACUUUUUUUAAUCACUAUUUGGUACACUGCACCAGAUAGUCACAAGGUCAGCAUUAACGGAUCCAUAUGAAAUGUGGGAACUCUGCUGUGAACGUGGUACAUUAUGCACAAAUAGACGUCCUGCUCACAGGGCACUGUCAUGCCACCAGUUUAUGAAAGAAAGUUUGUCUGACCCUUACGGUGAUCAACUUUUCAACUUAUUACUAAUGUGAGACACAAUUUCUCAAAAAUGAUACUAAUGAAUCAGACCUAACCUGCAAACACAAGUCAUUAUUUAUAUCUUAAUGAGCACAAACACACUUACAGCUUGCUGACAAAGUGUUGCGUUAUAAUAUCCCAGAUGAUCUGACUUUCUUUGUGGGGAAAAACUCAACUUUGAGAACAAUAUUUUUUAAUUUGCUCAUACAAACUUUCUGAAAGUGUCAUGACGUUGCGCUUUGGAGAGGACGUGCUGUACACAGUCGUCCCAUCGGGGGGCGCUGUUGGCAACAUUUGGUAUUACUAAAACAAAGCAUCUCAUGUUUCUAACCCUACCUCUAAUAUGAGUAUAUAAAUCACUGGCAAUAGUAUGUAGAUGUCAACACAAAUUCCUUAUGAUCAAUACUAUAUAUUUCAUGAUUUAGGGGUUUUCUGUUUUAAAUAUUUGUUGUGCUUUACUUUUUUCUUUUUCUUUUUACUCUUGUUGCCUUCUCUUUUCCCCUCCUUCUCUUUCCUUUAUUCACCAUGGGAGCCAAUUAUGUGUACAUAACUUUAUAAAAGAUAAAAAGUGUGAAAGCAUUCAUGAAAAUAAAACUUUAUGGCAAUUUA